GUUGGGUGAUGUUAUAGCGCAUUUAUUCUUCGGACGAAUAAAAAAAAAAUAAAACAUUUAUUUCUCACGAUUUAAGUCUUUAUUACAACCAUUAACAUUUUGUGCGUGCACACACUUGAUCUCAUCAAUCACAAUACACAAAAAAGAAGAAAAGAAAUCGUUCUUCGGUUUUUUUUUUGUUCGUUUCGUUCAUAAACAUUUAUUGAAGUGCAAAUAUAUAAAGUUAUAAACAUUGAAAAUGACAGUGUAUGGAAAAUCGAAUGAAAAUAGCAAUAUGAAUGCAGCACAAAGUCGCAAUUUAGUUGCUAAUCGACCGAGUUUUAUGAUUACUGACAUUUUAUCGAAGGCUGCUGCCGUUGAAAAAAUACCGCCGUCAACGCAAACAUCACAGUAUUUACAACAUCUUGAACGAUUUUCGGCAAUGAACCAUGGCUUUGGCAUGAUGAUACCAGAAAAAAUACAAUCAACCCAGCGAAAAGAUACAUUUUGUGACAGUGACGACGAUGAUUUUCAUGGAUCCGAUGAUGUUGAUGGACACAGCACUGAUGGAAGCAAUCAUGGCAAAGAUGAUGAUUUAAAUGAAUCAAAUCGAAGUGGCUCAUUGCCAUCAGAUCGAUUAAUUCAUAAAAAACAGCGUAAGGCUCGUACGGCAUUCACUGACCAUCAAUUGCACAGUAUGGAGAAGUGUUUCAGUCGCCAAAAAUAUUUGAGCGUUCAGGAUCGAAUGGAAUUGGCGAAUAAAUUGGGCAUCAGCGAUACACAAGUGAAAACAUGGUUCCAAAAUAGACGAACAAAAUGGAAGCGUCAAACGGCCGUCGGUUUGGAAUUGUUUGUUGAAGCGGGCAAUUAUGCGGCCUAUCAACGUGCCUAUGCAUCACGAUACGGUCAAAUGGAUGGAAUGCCAUCGUAUCCAGGCAAUCCAUUGAUGAUGGCAGGUGCUGGUCAUCCGAUUAUGCCGCCAUCAAACCUAUCGUCCGUUGAAAGUUACUAUCAACAAAUUCUUCAAGGUAGCAUGAAUGGAAUGGCAGCGCCAAAUAUGUUUGCAGCACCACAUCGACCAUUGCCAAUGGUACCGCAAAUUCCUGGUGCCGCUUUCUUACCGUUAAGUCCACCAAACAGUUUAUAUUCCGCAUCGCGAUUACCGAGCACAUCACCUUCGCAACGUCUUAGCCCGCCAGAACAACCACGACCGCAUAGUUUGAGCCCAGUCAACUCAAGUCUGCCAUCACAUUCGCCAAAAACAUCAUCGCUACAACCACAAUCAACACACAAUGCAACAGACGAUGAAUCCGACAUCGAAGUGUAAAUUUGAGUUUUAUUCUUUUAAAAGAAUUUAGCUGUAUUUUUUUAGAAACUCAAACUUUGGAAAAGUUAUAAUAUAAGCUGGCUUUAUAUGUCGUUCGUAACGUUAAGAUUUAAGCAAAUUUAACCAUCAUAAUUAUUUUGUAUGUAUUUCGAAUUUAUCGUUAUUUUUUUUAUAGAAAUUAUUGUGUUUAAGUUGAUUUGUGAAAACAUCGAUUAAAAUUCAGUGGAUAAUUUAAA